CGUAUUGCGUAUUCAUUUUAUGAAUAUAUCUGCAUCUGAUAGAAAAAGUAAGCGAAGCGGCAACACACAGAACGCAGAAGACAGACAAAACUCCAACCGAAACCGAAACCAAACAACAAUAAAACAUGGCUUGGUUUGAAUAUUAAAUUGCACCACAGCUCAGUUCCAUUCGAACUUCUGUGCCGUAGAGUUUGAGUCUGUGCGCGUCCAUUUAUAGCAUUUUGGAUAUUUUACGAACGACUUUAUCGAAUUUAACAAUACAAAAUAGUGGAUGGUUUUUACUUUCUUGUAGUUGUGGUUGGUAAUUCUAUUGGAAAUUCCCACAACUCAACUAUGUGCGUUUUAUCGUUGUUUAUUUUGUGGUCAUAAAUUUUAAUUUUGUCGUUGAGAGUGCGUAUCCUGUUUGUUUGUUAGAUAAAUAUCCUUUUUUCGAGUUUCGAUCCAUAAAUAUUAAAAACCAAAGAAAAAACAUCCUGUGGAAUCUGGUCUAAGAUAUUUUGUCAGUGUCAUAACACAGAUGUGUCCUUAAUAUCGAAUUACUGAAAUAUAGUGAAAAAGAAGUGGUGUACCUCACACACAUUUUCCGAGAGGUCCUUUUUUGGUGCUCAAAGGAUUGUUGUGGUGGCUUUGCGGGAAAGUGAUCAUCAUUGUGCGUAUAUAAUAUCGGAUUUCAUGUUUUUGAUUGGAUUCUUCUUGAGAAAUAGAAAAUAGAUAGAAAUUCAAGUACCGAACAGAAGGAUAGACAAAAAUAAAACAUAAAAAAGGAUUUAAACACACAACAACAAAUUGUUUGAAAAGGAAUAAUUCCACACAAUACUGUUCUUUUUCCAACUUGACUGCGAAAUACAAAUGAUAUGAAAUGGAUUCUGGUAGUGUUAUGAGUGAACCAAUAUCUACACAUCAUCGGUCAUAUGGAAAACAAAAAUCUGCAUCAAUGACUAUACUUUCACAAAAAAACUACAAUAACUAUUCCAAGCAUGCAGCACAAGAAAAAGAUAGUCUGGAAGCCAAGAUGUCUAACCUUGAGAUUUCAUUGAGUUCAUCAAAUCAAUUGAAUGGCAGAAGAAGAAAAGGUUCAUCGCUCGGUGGAGCACUUUCAUCUCGAUCUGCUCGAACUGAAGCAAAAGAGCUACGCUCUGCGUUGCAAGAUCGCGAAGCUGUUAUACAAAAUCUUAGAAUUCAAUUAUGUUUGGGAAAGCUUCCACGACCCUCUGGACCACCCCUAGAAGAUUCAGAGAAACCAGCAGCAGAGCAAAAACUAUUACGCCUCAAAGCUGACGCUGAGAACAAACGCAUUGCAAUUAGAAAUCUCAAGACUGCUCUCGAUAAAUUAGAUAUAACAGACAAUAUUGACAUUCGAAUAAGACAAGCUGAGCUUGAGUAUGCUCUGGGUAGGGAGGAACUGCAAUUACUGUCGAUAGUAGAAGAAGCAAGAGCCUUACAAACGAGAUUAGAUAAAUCUAAACCCGAGUUGAACUCGUUGUACAGCCUUGUUACAUCUGGAAUCAAUCUUUGUCUGCAUGCUGUUCAAGCGACAGUUGGUCGUUGGGAUGCCCAAGUCAAGCCUGAAGCUCCAGGACUCUAUGUGGAUUGGGCACUAGAAGGCGAAGGUCUUUACAAAGGUGAUCGCCUUCUGGAAGUCAAUGGCAAAUUAGUCACUUGCAAGACUAAGGAGGAGUUACAAAAACUUAUUGGAAUUUCUGGUGAAUGUCAGUUGGUGGUGUUGCGUAAGAAAGCAACAACUAUUCCACAAAAACAAAUCGAUCAGCAAAAAGAAGAUAAUCUUCGCCUUCAACAUAGAAUCUCAUACCUAGAAGAACAGGUCAAAGAAUUACAGCACACAAAGGAACAUCCCACGAAUGGUACAACUUCGGGACAUGUCACCAGUAUCAGUAUUUCUUCAUCGUCACAGCCAUCAACGCCUCCCGAAAAGCCAUUGGUAUACCAAAGAGGAAACUACAUAACCACGUUAGUUGGUGGAAAGCCCAUAGAAAUUGUAGGAACGCCACAAAAUGGUUCAACUCAUGUGACAAAAACAAUGAUAAAGGAUGUGAAACACGACAGAGAACGAAGCAGCGUUGGCUAUCUGCCUUCGAAAUCAUUGUCUGCAUCAAAAAUAUCCAUCAGUAGUGAUUCACAUUCUUAUUCAAUGCAAAAAAAGGAGAAAGAGCGUAAAGAUCGCUACGCCGGAGACAGAUCUCUGCAGCGACCAAGUAGACUGAGCGAGCAGCAUCGUAGCAACUUACAUGCUAGAAGUGUCGAACAUUUGAAUCAUUAUACUGGGCAUGAAAGACGUCGAGAGAUGCAUAAAUCAGAAAGCUCACGCAAGCAUUCCACUGAUUCACGAAGCGUAAAGAGCCUAGACUUCGAUGGGGAAAACGAAACAAAAAAAUCCCACAAAAGCGAUUCUUUAUCUGAUAACCGAGCUCGCCCAACGCCACCAAAAAAACCCCUUAGACUAUCCCUCCAACGUGCCCAAAGCCUUCAAACUGUUGAGCUCCAUCCAAACAGUGAUGCCGAUAGAAAACGAUCUCUCAAACGAGCCCAUUUCACAGAAAAAUCGCAGGAAGCAAUUCUCAUUGAGAAUUGCAGUCCCUUGCACACUUCAUCGCUAGGGCGUCAAAAGCAUAACAUUUGAAAAUUACUCAAUGUUCUUUUCAAGAAAAACGACGAGAAACCAAAUUGAUAACAAUGAGAAGGACAUUGAACUCGGAGAGUUAACAUUACAAUAGAAAAUAAAUAAUCCUGAAAAUUUGA